GGUCUUCUGGGGCCAUUGUUCCACACGGGCACAUCCCAUCUCAUGGAUGCUGCCGUUCUAUAUUUUCUCUGUGCCUUUACUCUCUCCUUCUUUCCUGUCUUUCUUUCCUCACCAUCUUUUUUUCUCGCACCGGGACCUGGUUUGACGCCUCGCAGGAACGAGCCUCAGCCGUCUUAUAUAUUUAACGAGGUUUCGUUUCUGUGAUCUCCUCACCAGCAGCGGUGUCGAGCGAUCUCCACCUCUAGGGCACCUCCUAAUAAUCCGACCUCUGUAGCCUUCUUACUGAGAACUAUGGUUGCUCUCUUUGCCUUCGCCUCGUCUUUGCUGCUCGCGUCAACAGCCUGGGCGUCUCCUCUGCGGAAUCCUGACCCCAGACUGUCGUUCCCACCGCUCAGCCCCACCUCCCUCCUCUGCGACAUACCCUUCGUGAAAGCGUUUCUUUGUCCACGAGAUGGCUCUCUGGGAUUAUCGGUCAAUACCCCAUUGGGCACUGCACAAGGCACUGUCGACGUCCCAAAUGUCAACAGAUACGCAGUCCGAUAUGCCUCCGCUGAUCGAUGGGCACCGUCCACUGUGGCCACCACGUGGGAACUUCCAAACGGCUCCACCAAUGCCUCUGCUCUCCCUCUGAUGUGUCCACAGCCGGAUGUGGACCAGUCUUCCUUUUCGGAGGAUUGUUUGUCUAUGAUCAUCUAUGUGCCAAAUACCCUCACUGCAGUGAGCGGUGUUCCAACUCUCGCGUGGAUACACGGAGGCUCUUUCAUGGUCGGAUCAGCAACGGACCCAGGGCUUGAUGGUUCUAACCUUGCCAUUGCAACCAAUUCAAUCGUUGCAGUCAUUCAAUAUCGUCUGGGAGCUCUUGGAUUUAUUUCCCCGAACGGAAACACUAACCUUGGUCUCAAAGAUGCUGUCAAUGCACUUGAAUUUUUGAGCCAGGUUCUUCCUAGCUUUGGAGGUGACGCUUCAAAAGUUACAGUUGCUGGACAGAGUAGCGGCGCGAACAUGAUCAGGGCCUUACUUGCGGUUCCUUCUGCCGACUCGCUCUUCCAGUCGGCUAUUCUCCAGUCGGACCCGAUGGAUUACGGGUUCUUAUCUGUUGCUGACCAGAAUCAACUGCAAGAUUAUUUCACUCCCAUGUUGAAUUGCACCUCCACCGAUGUUGCCUGCUUAAACGGCUUGAAUGCUUAUGAUAUCGUCAACAGCGCGGGAAUGUCGUUUUACAGCAACGCCUACACAGUCGUUCCAGCGGCCGCCCAGUCUGAGCCUAUGCGAGUGGUCACUGACGGUACUUUCAUCACUUCUACUCUCGACUCCACUUCGCCUUUCCCCAAAGUCACAAAGCCCAUCUUGCUUUCAAAUGUCCUUGAUGAGGCAGGCUACACUAUUUAUGGCUCUUUCCCGGACGCUGUUCCUGAAGCAGAAUACAAUUUAGUCGUCAACGGUACAUUCGGUGCCCAGCGCACUAACACUCUCGUGACCUCCAACUUAUACGUCUCGCAAGCCGAGGAGAGUACUAUAACCGACUUCAGGCCUCAGCUACAAUCACUUGGAACCGACUCUGUAUGGCGUUGUGCGACAUGGACCUUCGCUAGGAAUUGGGUGCAGAACGGUGGAAGUGCCUAUGUCGGGCUUUACGUCGUUGGCGCGAGCUAUCCCGGAAACUCUGCUGUAUCGUAUUGCACCGAAUCUGGCGUUGUAUGUCACCAAGAUGACAUUGAGAUAGUUUUCGGCACCGUGCCAAGUCCAGAUUCUGCCCAGUCUUCUUUGAUUACUGAGAUGCAAGCACGCUAUCAAUCCUUCAUGACCACGGGUAACCCAAACCCGUCGGGUUCCUCAUAUUCAAACUGGGGUGUAGCAACUACUUCCGACGUGAACGCCAUUCUCCUCGGUGCCUCUGGCCUCGCUCCUGUUGGCGCCUGUACUCCCAGUUUUUGGGGUACCUCGGUGGAAUACGACUACCAAGUGUAUAACAUCUAGAAGAAGAAAACUUCCCCUUCUUACUCUGAACUCUCAUCGAUGACAACCCGAUCAAAAUCGACUGUGCUGUAUCACGACUAGAGCAAAGACUUUAUAAUUUUGGACCCUCUUCUACCAUUAAUGCCGUUUGUUCUUUUACAUCUUUUCACCUUAUUCUCUAUUUAGCUUAAUGUUUCUUUGCUGGGAUGGAUUCAUAACCUGUAGCCCUUUAUCUGUGUUUUUACUCGAUGCCUUUUGUAGCCAUGACCAAAUACUUACCAGUAAAGCAAUUUUAUACCUGUAUUCGUUGUUUCUUCGCUUUUGACACCAAAUUUCCCUCGUCAUUGCAUGUAGGAAAUGCACUUAUGGUUGAUACGAAUAGAUGAAUGUAUUGUUAGUUCCUA